AAAAUAUCUUACAAUAUGAAAAUAAUUAUUUUAUUGUCGUUAAAAAAUUUCUGCAAAUAGCAGAUUUUUAUAGUAUUGGCAUCAGCUCAUCCUCAGUCGGUAUUUACAAGUGUUCUGAAUUAGCUCUUGAUUAUGAUGUUAUUCCAUUGGAGAAUAUUAAAGCUAAAUGUUUUAAAAUGCCUUAUUGGACCUGUGUCUCUAGUAAUGAAGUGUGUGAUAAGGUAGUAGAACACGAAUUUAUCGUUGCAGUUAUGCAAUAAUAAUAAAGAAAACAAUUAAUUUUAUUACUAUAGGUGUACAGGGUGUACUAAAAGUCUGGAAACGGUCGAAUAUUUCGUAAACUAUGUAUUUUAGAAAAAAAUGUUGCAGACGAAAGAUGUUUGGUUCUAAGAGCAUUUAAUUAUAGUGUUUUGAAAAUCUCUCGAGAUAAGCUACAAGAAUAUUCAAUGAAAACUAGGGAGCUCCAUUUAAAAAUCAAAGUUGAGCUCCAUAUAACCUUGGCACAUUCAUUCAAGGUCAAUCCAAUAACACCAUCUUGUGUCCCUCUUCGAACCAAACAACUUUCGUCUGAAACAUUUCUUUCUAAAAUGCAUAGUUUAUGAAAUAUUCGGCCGUUUCCAGACUUUUGGUACAUGCUGUAUACUAUAAAUGCUGUAUAAUAUAUUUAUGUAAAUAUUUGCUAUCGAAAGUGAUUGUAAACAUCUUUUACGUAAAAAUAUUGUCAUGUCACAUCUUCAUAUUGAUUAGCUUGAAGUAUUUGAAGGUAACUGUAGUGUAACUGUAAAAUUUAUACUUAUUUUUACAUUGUAUCUACUGUUGUAAUGUAAUAUGUACAUUGCGAACAAAUGUUUCAUAGGGUAAAGAGAAAGAAAAAUACUAUACUUUAGACCUGUAUGAAAAUAUACAAUGUAGGAAUAUUUUAAAGUUAUAAAAGUGUCAUACUUGCUAGUUAAUGUUAAUCUUCACAAUAUAUAGUAACACGUUCAGAUUAUUCCUGUUUAUUUUCAGAUCCACAAACCGUCCGAAAAGACCAUCAAAAAAACCACGUCGAUUCGAAACCACUUCGAGCGAAGAUAACGUGAAGACUAAAAAACCUAAGCAUAUUGAUGAAGAAAAAGUAAAGAAGAAAAUGUCAAGUACUUUGCAGGAGAUCCGCAGUACUAUCGAAAAUCUGCCAUGUAAUUCAAAUUCCAAUAAGGACUCAAAUUGUACAGUUACAAAGGCGUGCAUUAGACAUGAUCAGACCAACCGAAAUGUAUUUGCUCCAUACACACUGACCGAAAAUGCAUAUAAUCAAAAACUUCAUCGUUUACCAUACCAUCCAAUACCUCUUACUGGAGGGAAUGUAUGUAAUAUUGGACAACACACAACAGAAAAUUUGGCAGAAAAUAUGCAGCGACAAACUGUUGACUUCCAUUCAUUUAAUGCGAAUAAUCCUACAAAUAUGCCACCACAACAACCCAGUAUUAAUGAUGAAAACAGUCUUCAUCGUGUAUCAACUCAUGAACAAAACAUGAAUAUAAUGAAGAAUGACAACAUACGACAUAAAAGAGUAUCGGAAAAUGUAAUACUACCAUCUAUUCAGCCAGAUAAUAUUCUACCUCUGGAGAAUGAAAUACAGCUGCUACACAAUUUACAACCGUGUUACCAGCAACCUGUUACAAAUUCAAAUCCACCAGUGGAAGAAUCGCAUUGCAUACAAGAAUUGGGAAAUACGGGGCCAAUUGCUCCACUUCAAAUUACACCAUCACAUGAAAUACGAUUGGAAAAUUCAUCACUACCAAGAGAAAGAAAUGAAAUAAAGCAAGUUCUUGAAGUACUUGGCGACUUACAACGUAAAAUACAGUAAGUCUUAUAUUUUUGUGUAUUUUCUUUUUUUUAUGUAUCACAGUUCUCUUGAAAGUUUCGAAAUUGAUUGUUGCCUCUUCCGCGAUACUGAUUGGUUUUUUCGCUGUGCUUACUUCAGGAGUGGCUGUCAUUGCAUAUUUUAAUAGCUGUAUGUAUCGAGGGGUUAAUAGUAUAAUAUUGUUUCAAAAGCUAAAUAGUACGCUUGUCUAUGAUAUCUAAUCUAUUAUAUUUUUCAUUCUUACUGUUUUGAAUAAAUGUAUACUUGUUUGAGAAAAUUAGUCCAUGGAUAAAUAUGAAAUAUUAAACAUUAAAACACAACAAAUCCCAAGGAGCGCCAAUGCGCAUAUAACGUGCGUUUAAUGCGCAUUUUACUGCAUUGGCUUCUAAACUGCAUUAAUUGUGUGUUCAAAAUGCGCGUAUUCAAAUGCGUAAUUAAUG